GCGUGUCGACCGAUGUAGCUAGUAGACCAGACAGACUGCCCACACGACCUGCGCAAGCGGCUCAGACACCAUGACGACUGAGCGGAACAGUCUCAAGGCCAAGAUCGCUGCGUUCGAGCAGCUCUCUUCGGGCCAAGCAAGCGCCACAACACGCCCGAAAACCGAGCUCAAGAUCAAUGCCGUCAAGCCCACCGUACCUGCUGCUUCCUCGGUCGCAAGCCCAGAAAACCUCAUUACCUUCUCACCUAUCGCUCAGCCGGCCACAGCACCAUCGUUUGCAGCUCGUGCUGCGCCGCCUCUGCCCUCGAGAAGCAAUACAUCCUCAAGUACGGGCUCGCGACGUGAAGCUCCCGCAUUGCCCGUUCGACCUGGUCAGACUAUGGCAAGUCUGGUCGCUACGCAAGCUCGCGACUUGGACCUUGCGCUCAACGAUCCACUCAUCUCGCCUGUUGCUGUAAGACAGAACGGGUUGCAUGCGAACGCGCCUUUGGUCGAUGUAGAGCCAGACACGAUACCGCGGUAUACCAAGCUGUUCGACGACCAGUGUCGCAUACUGCAGGCCACAGAGAUACCUCGCCCCAUCGUCCGGGUGCUGUGGGAACGAUCUAAGCUGACGCCGGGUUCACUGGAUGCAAUAUGGCUCGCUUGUCAGCAGCGAUCUGAUGAAGAUGCCCUAGAUCGUGCAUCGUUCUGCAAAGGACUAUCAUUGAUCGAUACCGAGCUGGCAACGCAAAGCAUAAAAGCAGGCUGAUUGUCGCGAUAUGCUCUCGAUAACCUCAUGCACCUCACAUCAAGCUGCGAGCGGCAUCGCUAUGCAGGGUGUAAACAUAUCGGUGCGAUGCUGCCCUCGUCGAGCCGUCGUCCGCUCGGGCUACCACCGCGGGCACAUGCAAGCCGACCUGCGAAGCCCUCCUGCCAAAGAGUGACAGUCAGAGUCAGGGUUCAGUACGAAGCGCAUAGAAAGCCGAGCUCAGUGUAUCCCGAAUUGCACACUUGGUUCUCGACGCCAUCCAUUGAGAAUGCGGAAAACAGCUGUGACCCGAUACCAGAGAGAGAGAGAGUAGGUUAAACAAAAUGAAAACAGAAUACAUCCCCGACCAACAGGCCCUUUACAAAGGCUCGAAAAGAGACCUCUAGCGCCCUUUGCGAAAUCGUCAAGCAGAUGAACAU